CACAGAGGGACGGGAUGCAGCUAGCAGUUUCACGGUAACGGUUUUAUUUACCGCCGCAUUCACUCCGGUGACGAUGGCGUGAGGUAACGACACACCGCGGAGGUCAGAAUCGGCUCAAGCUAACGGAAACCGGUGUCGUCGUGUGGCGGGAAGCCCCGCUCUGCGUGGGGUUGUUGUUUAGGUUAGCUACCGAAGCUAGCUAGCAGCCUGCCUCUGUUAGCGGCUGGCGGAGAGUUCGCCCCGGAGGAGACGCUGCCGCCGCCCGGCCAGCGGCACCGUACAUCCCCGCCGGACCUGCCUCCCACGAUGGACUGAUGGACGGAGACGCGCUGCUGUUGGAGAAACACAGCUGCUGCCCAGCAGUACAGACCCUCUCCUGCUCUUAAUGUAACGAUGGAGUCCGUCCUCAGCCCGCUGCCACAGUUCCCAGAGAACUCCUAUAAAAUGACUGAGGAGGACGUGAAGAGGCUGAUUGAGUUCAGGGCGUCCAACGAGGCUCUGUUCACAGGGAAGAGAAACUCUGCGAAGAUCGCAUGGAGCACCAUCUUAAAAGGCCUCGGACUUGAAGGGAAGUUGACAGCAGACCAGAUCGCCAAAAAAUGGGACAACCUGCGGACAAAAUACAAGGACCUGAAGCAGCCCUACCAGGGCCAGGACAACAUCGGGGGGGUCGUAGAGUCGUGGCCCUGGUUCCACAUCAUGGAUGAAGCCAUGCAGGGUCGCCUCUAUAACAGCAACCUGGUGCUGAGCCCAGAGACCGCCGGCAACGCCAUUCACCGCUGCAACAGUCAGCAAAACCAGAACCAGGAAAACACUGACAUCCUGGAGUUCCUCAUCAAAACUGAGAUGGAAGACACAGUAGCAGCGGAAACCACAGAGGAUGAUGGGACGGUUCACACGGAGGCUCGUCCCGCUGAGGGAGUCCCCAUGGGCUGGAGGAGGAUGACAGAGUGCUCCUAUAAAAUGACCGAACCAGAAACAGAGAGAAUGAUCAAACUUCGAGCUGCGAACGAGGCGCUCUUCACCGGCAGGAAACAUUCGGCCAAACCAGCCUGGAGAGCCAUCCUGUAUGAGCUGGGUCUUCAGGGGAAGCUGACCACAGACCAGCUGGCGAAGAAGUGGGACAACCUGAAGAGAAGAUACAAGGAGCUGAAGUUUCCCGCUCGAGGCGUGGAGACAAACCCGAGCUCCUGGCCCUGGUUCUACCGAAUGAACGACGCCAUGGAGGGACGCUUCGCUGGAGCGGCACCCAUCCUCACGCCCAUCGUGGAGGACGAAGACGAGGACUGCGAGCAGCUGUCGCCGACGCCCAAAAAACGAGCCCGUCGGAGCCGAGGGGGAAUGGCCGAGUUCCUGACGGAGUCGGAGAUGGACCUGCUGGUUGAUAAUGAAGAGAAGAACGGGUCAUCGGCGCUGGGAGAUCUGCACCGGAUGGCCGAGCUCACCUACAAAUUGACGGAGGAAGACACCAGGCGACUAAUUGAGUUACGAGCUGCUAACGAGUCUCUGUUUACUGGGAGGAGAAACACUGCCAAGCCUGCCUGGAGGGGGAUAGUGAAGGAGAUGGGCCUGACGGGGAAGAUCACACCUGACCAGGUCGCCAAGAAAUGGGACAACCUGAAGACCAAAUUCAAGGACCUGAAGUUUCCUCCUCGGGGGAUGGAGGGCCAGACUAACCCCGCCUCCUGGCCCUGGUUCCAGCUGAUGAGCGAUGCUCUGGAGGGACGACUGGCGGCCAAAGCUCCAAGAGUGACGCCCAUCUGGAGCAGCGAGGAGGACGGUGUGUUCGGCUCAUCUCCGCCUCCCGACAGAGACUGUCUGAUGGCAGAGAGGAGCAGCGUGUCGGAGCUGGAGAGCAUGGUUGGGGGAGAUAACGCCGAGGCUGAUGGGAAUGUAAUGUACAUCGAUGCCAGUGGAGAGGAGUGUUCAACGCCCUCAGACCUCUCCUACAAAAUGACGGAUCAGGACACCAGGAGGAUGAUUAAACUUCGAGCCGCCAAUGAAGCGUUGUUCACAGGGAGGAGAAACGCCGCCAAGGCUGCCUGGAAGGCGAUCCUGAAGGAGCUCGGGCUGCAGGGAAAAGUCUCAACGUACCAGAUGGCAAAGAAGUGGGACAAUCUGAAGAGGAGAUACAAGGAUCUGAAGUACCCUCCUGUGGGCAUGGAGAGCACAGCAGACGGCACCUCCUCCUGGCCGUGGUUCCACCUGAUGAAUGAAGCCAUGGAAGGCCGCCUGGCGAGCAGCGCCCCCCUCCUCGCCCCCGUCACUCAAGAAGACGAGCAGCAACCCGACCCCGCCCCCAGACACCGGUCCCGCACUGCCCCUCCCCCGCCCCCCUCAUCCUCCACGGACUACAGACAGGAGGCGUUCGUUGGAGACGCCGAGCAAAACCAGCGCAGCUCGGAGGCGUGCGACGGGCCGCUGGGAGGACUGGAGAGGGAGUGGGAGAUAGUGGAGAGGGAGAGGGCGGCGCUGGAGCGAGAGAGGGAGAUGGUGGAGCGAGAUAGGGCGUCUGUGGAGAGAGAGAGGGCGGGGGUGCAGGCGGAGAGGCUGUGGCUGGAGAGGGAGAGGGCGGCGGUAGAACGGGACAGAGCAAUGGUGGAGCAGGAGAGGGCGACGCUGGGCAGAGAGAGGGAGGUGCUGGACCAGAGAGCGUUGAUGCUGAACUCUGUAGGACACUCUGGACACCUCAACGCCCUCAUGUAGACCAGCAUGCUCCAGGGACGUAGACCGUGCCUGUAGAGACACCCUGGUCUGUGGUGGAGGUCUGGACCGUCUGGCUGGAGGAGACGUAGACCUGCUACACCUCAGUGGUCCAGUCAUGUUCGGAUGUAGACACGCUGGCUGUUGGUCUUCCACACAGAGCCGGUCCUCGCUGGGUGAGUGGUGCUGGAGAGAUGCACCACCCGGGGACGGAGACGUUUAACAGGAGGGCUGCACAAUUAAUACUUUAAUCAUCUCAGUCACCAGGUAGAUUCUUCCUGCCUCACUUAUUUCAGACUUUUGAUUCUGAAGAAAUUAAAACAAUUUUUCUUCGCUUGAAAA